AUGUCAUCAUCAGGGUAUAUACCUACUAAUGCCUAUGAAGGAAGUGGCGCUAGAUCAUAUGAUUUUCAAGAGACAUACGAAGGCUUCGAUGAGAUGGAGGAGGAGGACGCCUUCAAUAGCGAAACGUUCGAUGUUGGAGAUGUAGGCAAGGAUUUCGACUUCGGAUCUACUGCAAAAUCAAGUGCAAUGUCGACUCUGAACGUGGUUCCUAACGUGAGUUACGCUCGCGUUGCAGCGAACGAUGAUGAUUUCAUGAAAGACUUGUGGGGUGUUUCUACAGGUGGCGGCGAGGUAAAGGAAUCCCAGAAGGACCCUUCAAACAAAAAAUUUUUGAGUUUAGAGGAAAUUGAGGCUCUGUUGACAAAUAAAACUCCUGACACGAUAAAUCACGGGCUUGCAAACCAGCACCAAUUUUUAGCUAACACGGUUCCAAAUUUUAGCGGCUUCAUGCAUCCUCAAGGGUAUAUGCCUCCACCUGGUCAGUAUCCUCUUCAGGGUCCUCCGCCUUACAUGGGUAUGCCGAACCCAAAUGGUUUGUAUAUGCCACCUACAAUGAGCUACUCAAAUAUACCAAGAAGCGAGACGAUACAGCAAGUACAGGCACCAGGCUUCGCCCCUAAUACUGCCACUGCGUCGUAUUCAGCAUCUGAUACCAGAAAUGAUCCAGCAUUUUCUGUCCCCUCUUCAGGGCUGACAAAGAAACUUUCGAUGGUGGAGCAGGAGGCAAGUAGAGCCAAUCCCCUGAAGAAGACUGAUCACGCCAAUUAUUCAGAAUUUCCCAUGCUUGGCGCCGAACGCUUCUCAACAAAAAAACUGACAAAGCUUUCUUCUCAACGCCCUGAAGUUAACCCCACUGAGGAUGUAUACCAUGAGUCUCGAGGCAUGGAUCCUGAAUCAGAGGUUUCUGAGCCCCAUUCUCGACGCCAGGAGAAAAUAUCUCGGAUUAUGCGGUACUCAGGUGUCAUGAAUCCAAAAGAUAAAGAUUUUGUCACUCGCUUACAGCUUUCUCAGAUUGUUACGGAUGAUCCUUACAAUGAGGAUUUCUAUGCUCAGGUAUUCCGCGUGAUUCAUCCAAGAUCCAUACCUGGGUCAUUAGUGUCUUCUAUUGGUCACACCGAACCUAAUUCCAUUGCACAGGCUUAUCUCGACCAAAGUGGUCACAGACUCGGUGGGAGGUUUAAACGAGCCGAUGUAGCCUUGCAAAGGAUGCAGCAGCAGGUUCAAAAAGCAGUUAAUGUUGCUAAAGAACGCCAAAGUUUACAGCAAAAUGAAAGAGAGGGAGUUUUAGGUAAGAUAUCUGUUGGAUCCGGCAAAAAACCAAGACAACAGCUUACAAUUUUGAGUAAGGCAGCUCAGAAGGCUAAAGACAAUGCGUCUAUCCCAAUCGAACAAGGAGAAUGCAGCUCGUUUUUAAAGCCAGUUAAAAAGUAUACUAAAAAGGAUAUAAUGGCAAUUUUGGAAGACAUCAUCAACAAUCUUAUUAUGAUCGAGGCAGAUUCGCGCACAGCUUCGAAUAUUGACACGUCAAGGCUUUGGAACUCCUUGCAUGUUUUGGAAAACUCUUCUCUGUCAGGGGACGAAGAAUUCUCUGUCAAUCCCUUUAUCCAAUGCCUCAACUUUGAGAAGGCACUCAAAAUUCUUCCCAGGCUUUUCAAGUUUUUGAACCGGGAGCAGUCAUUAACAAUUGUCACCCUCAUCAUGUCCAACCUCGAGAAUUUGACCGUCAUAAAACUGGGCUCUUAUACGACGUAUGACGAAAGACAGAUUCCAGAGGCUAUUUCAAAAUUAGUUGAUAUUUACUCACUUACAUUUUGUAAAGUGUUGAUGAAUUGUGUUCAGGAAUUUAGAUUUCAUGAAAUCAUCGGCCUUCUUGUGAUCUUGAUACAGCACAAUGCGGUGUCUUUUGUUUCUACAACGAAAAUUGGAUUGUCAGUUUUGACGACCUUACUAUCAAGAGCUGAGCUUAUCAGGGGAGAGGGGAUUAUAUCAGCCACAGACUUAUCUGAAUGGACUUCAUGUUACGAUGAAUUAUUUACAGCCCUCGAGUCGCGAAUCGCUGCGAUCUUUCCACCUGCUCAUGAUGACUCGCAAAAUGAUUAUGUCUGGCAAUUUUUAGCCACAUUAUCACUAGGCGGAAAAUUAAAUCAUCAGCGUAUAAUAGUGGAUGAAGUUAGGGACGAGAUUUUUGGUGUGAUGAGCAGAGCUAAGUCCAUCCCUAAUACAGAUAUGGCAAGGUUGCACGUGAAGCAGAAUAUGCUCAAUAACUUGAAUAUGUAUUUGGUGGUCAUGGGAUUGGUCGCAAAUGAGAACGAAAUUCUGGAAUUGCAAUCUUAG